AUGUCAUAUCCCAUCAAACGAUCGCAUGAGAUUCGUCAGGGACACGACUCCGAGCAGAUGAAUCAGGAACUACCUCCAGUGGAGGCUAAGUCUGGGUUGGAAUGUCUCCCAGUGGAGCUCCUCCAGAAGAUCUUCCUACACAGUCUCGAGUUCAAUCUUCCAAGAGCCUCGAUUCGCCUGGCUAGGGCUCUAUCAAAUCCGAUCCUCUAUACCUGGCUCAUUCGUCUGGCCUUCAGUAGUUCCAAUGAGAGCUCCAAGAAUGACUUCUUCACACCAUACUUCCUCCCUCCGCCACUGGACUAUUUCGCGUUAUCUACAGAAGAACGAAGAGAUCUCCAAAGCACCAUUCUCGCAUGCCGCUGGUGUACGCUAGAGCUCAUGCGCGAAUGCCAGAGGGAAUAUAUCGAACACGCCAUCCGUCUCAAGUGUCGAGACCUAGUGUUCUCCCCUGAAGACAGCGACACCCUAGCCAACAUCAGGGAACACUUCCACGACCUCAAACGCUACGAUCAGGGACACCAAGGCCGCAUAGGAAAAGGCGAUCUGAUUUGCAGGGCUCAAGAUCCAGAAACCAAUGCGGAGUAUAGAGUCGCAGUGUGGUUCAACAUUGGUGCCUUUCAGAUUCGCAAACCGAAUCCGAUUCAUACCGAGAUCGAUCUCUUUCGACUACCCUGUUGUGCGGGUAAAAAUCCAUCGCGUAUGCCAGAUAGGUUGCUUGGUCGUCCAUGGACAGAUACGAAGAUCGAGUUCCUUAAAUUACUAAGUACGGAGUUAUACAUUGAUGACGAUGACGAACAUGAGCGCUCUGGGCGUCUGCUUCGCCAGGUAAUCCGGAGCCGUGAUUACGGUACUUUCGAGAUACUUGUGGAACUCUUCAUUCGGAUCCGAGUAUAUAAAUAUCCCAUCCGCUGGCCUAUACUUCCGGUUCAUUUCAAGGCAGCUAUGAAGUACGCGGACUCUUCAAGUGAUCCUUUCCUCAACUUUCUGGUUCGGGAACGUUGGGACGAUUUACCUUGGUCUGAUACACGGCUCAAGGAGGAAUUGAUCGCAAAAGCAGGACUAAGUCCCCCGGCAUGA